AUGGAGCGCGCUUUGAACUCUCUGCGCUCGAUAUCGCGCAAGGCCAUCAAGGAAAUCAACGCCAGCGUUGAGCACAAGGAAUGGCCCGCCACCGCGGCCGACUACGAGUUGCUCGAGGACUGCGGCCGGGGCGUGAGCGCCACAGUGCACCGGGCGAUAUGUAAGAAGACGAAGGAGGUCUGCGCUGUCAAGAAGCUCAAUCUCGAGAGCAUCAACUGCAACUUGGAUGACAUCAUUCAUGAGGCCCAGACCAUGAAGUCGUACAGCCACCCCAACGUGCUGUCCCUCUACGCCAGCUUCGUGGCCGGGCAGGACUUGUACAUGGUGACACCCUUCUGCGCGGGCGGCAGCGUGCUGCACAUGAUGAAGUACGGCCACCCAGAGGGCCUGAGCGAGGUGGCGAUUGCGACUGUGGUGCGCGAGGUGCUCAAGGGGCUGGACUACAUGCACAAGAACGGCGGCAUCCACCGCGAUGUCAAGGCCGGCAAUAUCUUGAUUGAUAAGGACGGCAGCAUCAAGAUCGGGGACUUUGGGGUGGCGGCCACCGUCGAGCGCGGCGGGUCCUGGGGCAACGACAAGAUGACGCGGACGACGUUCGUCGGCACCCCCUGCUGGAUGGCGCCGGAGGUCAUGGAGCAGACGCAGGGGUGA